CUAAGAUAUGCCAUUGUUCUAUCUUCGAAUUCAAAGCAAAUUUAUUGUUUCCCCGAAAAAAUACAAGUAGAUUUUUCUACAUCUGUAUCUGUGACCGCACUGUGAGGCGUCGCUAUCUUUAUGUUUAAUGUUUAUGCACCUUUUUGCAGAAUUAUCUUAUUUUGUAAAUACACUAUUGAAUUGUGCGAAUUAUGGCUGAAGAGUGAAGAACUGAAGUGUGUAGAGUUAUGCUGUUCUUGAAAAAACUAGUGGAUUUUUCAUUUUUGUAAAGAAUAAGAUGCUAUAAGCUGUAGAGAUUUUUCUCUUUUUACCUUUUUUGCAAAACGCAAAGACGGAUAGAAGGUUAAAACUGCGUGGAAUUCAUAGGCAAACUCAAUUCCCAUAUCUCAAGGCUUUGUUUUCAAGAAAAUACCCCUCAUUUUUUUGGUUUCACUUCAUCCCAUGUUUGUGAGCAUUUUGGGUAAGAAAUCUGCUCCGUUUGGAUCAAGACAGCACCUUUAUCAUCCGGGCCUUUUGUUUUUCUGCCUAAAGCUGGUGGAUUUAUUGGAGAUUCAGUGAGUAGUUUCGGAAUCUAGAAGUGGGAAAUCUUUGUUUGUAUGAGCAUUGUGUGUGGAGUGUGUGAAUUGCGGUGAGAUCACUUAUUCUAUGAAGGGAAUGAGAAUUAUGCAGAGGUGAAAUUAGUGGAGUAUGGAAAGAGGAAAGUUCCUGCUUUGGCAAGUGGGAUUGCUGGUUUUGACCUUAAUUGAGGCUUCUCAUUCAACUCUAUCUCCUUCUGGUGUAAAUUAUGAAGUUGUUGCUCUGAUCGCAAUAAAGAAUGACUUACACGAUCCUUUCAAUGUGCUGGAAAAUUGGGAUGCUAAUUCUGUUGAUCCCUGUAGCUGGAGAAUGGUUACUUGUGGCCUAGAUGGUUAUGUCUCUGCUCUAGGACUAUCUAGCCUUGGCUUAUCUGGAACUCUGUCGCCCCGGAUAGCGAACCUCACUAACUUGCAAUCUGUGUUACUGCAAAACAAUGGAAUCACUGGUACUAUUCCAGCCGCUGUUGGGAAGUUAGAAAAGCUUCAAGCACUCGACCUCUCUGUUAACAGGCUAUCUGGUGAAAUUCCCAGUUCUCUGGGGGAUCUGAAGAACUUGAACUAUCUGCGGAUUAACAAUAACAGCCUUACUGGACCUAUUCCCGACUCUCUGACCAAAGUCGAGAGUCUCACUCUCGUAGACAUUUCCUUCAAUAAUUUCAGUGGCUCGUUGCCUAAAAUUCAUGCUAGAACGUUUAAAAUGGUCGGGAACCCUCUAAUUUGUGGACUGAAUUCUCGAAACAAUUGUUCUGUUGUCUAUCCAGAGCCGUUGUCCUUCCCACCAGAUGCUGUUAAAGGUCAAUCAGACUCUGGAACAAAACAUCAUGUUGCAGUUGCUUUUGGAGCAAGCUUUGGUGGUUCCUUUUUCAUCAUUGUUGUUGUUGGCUUGCUGUUUUGGUGGCGAUACAGGCGACAUCAACAGAUAUUUUUUGAUAUUAACGAGCAAUAUGACCCCGAGGUACGCCUAGGGCAUUUGAGAAGGUAUACUUUCAAGGAGCUUCGAGACGCAACUGAUCAUUUCAAUGUGAAGAAUAUACUAGGGAAGGGAGGAUUCGGUGUUGUAUACAAGGGUCGCUUGAACAACGGGACUGUAGUGGCUGUGAAAAGGAUAAAGGAUUACAAUGCUGUUGGUGGAGAGAUACAGUUCCAGACAGAGGUAGAGUUGAUCAGUUUGGCUGUUCACAGAAAUCUCCUCCGACUCUGGGGGUUCUGCUCAACUGAAAGCGAGCGACUCCUAAUCUAUCCGUACAUGCCAAAUGGCAGUGUGGCAUCGAGACUGAAAGACCAUGUCCAUGGGAAGCCAGUACUGGACUGGUCAAGGCGGAAGAGGAUAGCGCUGGGCACUGCACGGGGUCUGGUGUAUCUGCACGAGCAGUGUGACCCCAGAGUCAUCCAUCGCGACGUCAAAGCAGCCAACAUUCUGCUGGAUGAAGACUUUGAGGCAGUGGUUGGCGACUUUGGAUUGGCGAAGCUCCUGGACCACCGCGAUUCUCAUGUCACCACAGCUGUCCGUGGCACUGUUGGUCACAUAGCGCCCGAAUACCUCUCGACGGGCCAAUCAUCCGAGAAGACUGAUGUCUUCGGAUUCGGAAUCCUACUCCUGGAGCUGAUCACAGGACAAAAAGCUGUCAACUUUGGGCGGGGAAAUAACCAGAAAGGGGUGAUACUAGACUGGGUAAAGAAGGUCCACCAAGAAGGGAAGCUGAGGCUUAUGGCAGACAAAGACCUGAAGAGAGAGUAUGAUGAAACAGAGCUUAAGGAAAUGGUUGAGGUGGCAUUGCUGUGCACGCAGUUCAAUCCGUUGCAUCGGCCUAAAAUGUCAGAGGUUUUGAGAAUGCUGGAAGGCGAUGGCCUAGCAGAGAAGUGGGAGGAGCAAUCACAGAACAACGAGCCCCCUAGAUACCGAUCAUUUGAACAUCCCGUUCAAAGAUACUCGGAAUUGAUAGACGAAUCAUCCCUUGUAGUUGAGGCUAUGGAGCUAUCCGGGCCAAGGUAGUAUCUUUCCAUAAUGUUAGUUUAUGUAUCGAUUAUUAAGCUAAAAGAUUUGAAAAUUUACCAUUCGUUGCUGUCUAUAGUGUUUGUUUGGAACUAUUUGUGUGUCUGAAAUCACCUGUAUAAAAGAAAGAAAGAAAGAAAGAAUCAUGUACAUUUGAGUUGUUUGGUGGAAGUAUUAGAUUCAUUACA